CGCGCGGACAGAGGCCGAGUUGCAGGACGCAACCAGUGUCGUGUCGCGUUGCUUUCGCUCUUUUCCCUUCAUAUACCUGGGAGACGUGGACGAGGCGGCGUCGAGAAUAUAAAAGCCCGGUUGGAAAUCCAACGGCCAUUCAUAUCACUUAAGUACACUUAGGUGCUUGGGUAUUGGACGCGUAGCGGAGUGCUGGUUGCCCGGUUGGUUCAACUAGUAGCGUACAUCAGGGUGAACGAUCAUUCGGCGAACUUUGUCCCUUAUUUAUUCGUGGACAUCGGGGAGUUGUUCGAGGUCAGGCGAAGGGGGAGGAUCAUCGAUUAAUUAGGCCAGACAAAAAAUUUAGUAUGGCGACUGCAACACAAAGGCUCGUCGAUAAUGAGGCAACCGAGAUUCGCUGCCAAGAGAAGACAAAAGGUGGACUACGAUAUGAGGUGAUCCUCGCCGAGCCGACGGCCCCGGCCAAGUGUACACUCUCGCCCCAGCCGUCGCCUACCCAGACGGCCAAUAUCGAUGACAAGUUGCGCGCGGCCGCGGAGCGACGCCUCUCCCUCGAGGCUAAUAAGAUCGCCGCCCUGAAUGCCCAACUAAGCAAACUCGAGGAGGUCGCCCGGAAGAGGGAACAACUAAACAUCAACUUCGUCAAUGCCACCCGCGAGUCCCUCGACACGAAAAUGAACAACAGCGAGGAGAAGAGGGACGCCUACAUCGCCGAUCUCAGGAACAAGCUCAAGGAGCACCUGGAGUCUGUCGAAAGGACAAGAAUGUGCCUGGACGUGCAGACUGAAGAAGUGCGCAAGGCCGUUGAAAAGAAAGUCCAGAGCGUCACAGCCCAGCGCGACGAAAACAUAAAGAAAAUUGUCGAGCGCCUCAGGGAACAUGAGGAGCAAGUGAUUCGUGUGCGCCAAGGUAUAUCCGAUCGGAUUCAACAGCUCGAGUUCCAAAUUCAAAUUAAAUUAAAUCAGGCGUGCGAGCGGCGCGUGACCAUCGAACGCAAGCAAAUGAAGAAGUACCGCAAUCAUGAGAAACGUAUGGAAAUGGUCAGGCAAAAUAAAGCCAAAUUUCAAACCAAAGAUGACGAUGAAGAUUUUAUGGACAAUAUGCCAAUGGGCAACGAGACUGCGAGCUCCGGUUAA